AUGCAGUCCAUGAAAGAUACAACAACUGGAAAGGAUUUAUUGGAGGCUGUAAAUCAGUGUGUAUCCAAACUUGGAGUGGAGUGGGAAAAAUUGGCUGGUGUGACAACUGACGGAAGCCCCAAUCUAACAGGAAAAAAUAUUGGAUUGCUAAAAAGAAUUCAAGACCAAGUCAGUGAAAAGAAUCCAGAACUCAAAAUUGUCUUUCUACAUUGCAUCAUACAUCAAGAGGUCCUUUGUAAAAGUGUUCUAAAAUUAAGCAACGUUGUGGACACAGUUACAAAAGUGGUUAACUACAUUCGCGCAAGAGGAUUAAAUCACAGACAAUUUGUAGCUCUGCUAGAGGAGACUGAAGCUGAGCACACAGAUAUCCUAUAUCAUACCAAUGUGAGAUGGCUUAGCUUGGGGAAUGUUUUGAAAAGAGUGUGGGAGCUGAGAGAGCAGAUUGGGGUGUUUCUAAACAUGAAAGGAAAAGAACCCGAUUUUCCCCAGCUGAAAAAUAAGGAUUGGCUAUCUGAUUUCGCAUUUGCUGUUGAUGUUAUGGGCCACAUGAAUGAAUUAAAUCUAAGAUUGCAAGGGAAGGGGCUUUUUGCUCAUGAUCUGCAUUUCAGCGUGAAGUCAUUUAUGACCAAAUUGCUGCUUUUCUCCCGUCAUUUAAGGAACAAGCAGUUCACUCAUUUCUGCACUUUGCAUCAAGUUGCUGUUUCAGAUGAAAAUCUGGAAAAAUACGCAUCAUCAGUACUCGAUUUACAUGGGGAGUUUUCAUGGAGAUUCAAUGAUUUCAAAACAAUAGAAAAAGAUUUAUCUUUGGUCUCCUCACCUUUCACAUUUGAUGUCGACAAUGCUCCUUGUGAUCUUCAACUUGAGCUUAUUGACCUGCAGUGUGAUGCUUUGCUUAAAGAGCAAUUCAAAUCAGAACCUCUUCCACGGUUUUAUGCCUCUCUCAAUGGUCAAAACUUUCCAAAGAUCAAGGCUCAUGCGCGGAAGAUGCUUGUGCUAUUUGGUUCAACCUACAUAUGCGAGCAGGCAUUUUCUGUGAUGAAAUUUAACAAGUCAAAACACAGAUCUUCCAUGAAUGAUGAGCACCUUGCAGCUGUGCUUCGGAUUGCGACAACAGAGAUGAUGCCUGACUUCGCUUCUCUGGUUAAUGCGCAUCAGAGGUUUCAAUCAUCUCACUGACUCUUUUAUGUAAUUGUUAAUUCCACCUUUGAUUGUUAGUUUUUUUUUUUUUAAACGAACACUCCACUUGAUUGUACGAAGGCUUGAGUGUUUGUUAUUUUUUCUCUCUCUUGUGUUCUGUCUUCUUUCUGUCUUCUCCUCCUCUUCCUCCAUUUCUGUUCCUUUUACUCCU